GGCCUACGAGCAGAAGGGAAAGCCAAAACAAGUGUGAGUCGAUAGAUUCAGUUGAUGUGGGCCUUCAAAGUUAUCCGUGAUGUUGCUCGUGCAUGCCUUGUACUCAUCAUAGCCCGCACUUCACGUCAGCGCGCUUGAGCAAUCAAUACGAUGCGCUUGAACUCAGAGCCAGCAUGUCAACAAAACUUAACGGUAGCUAUAAAAUGUUACCGUGCAGGUUCCUCGCUGUUGGCUCGUGUAUCAAGGGUGACAAGUGCACAUACAUGGCGCUGCAGCCGUUCCUCCAAAUUCUGCCUUUGUUGGUCCGUCCAAGGCCAAAAUGACCAAUAUCUUUGGAUAAUUUGACGCUCAAAUGUUUCAAGUCUAGGCAAUACCAAAGUCUGGGCAGAACAAGCCGUUACUCUUGACGAUUUACUGCGCUU